AUGAGCCAGAAGCCCGUGCACCUCAUGUCACGGCAGUUCUCCUGUUCCUCGCUGCAAUCAGCAGCUGGCUUGAUGGACAAUGCUGACUUGCUGGCAAAUCUGCCCGAUGAUCCCAAAGAGUUGGCCGAUCUCAUCCAGGCAGUCAAGGCCCGGCAGGCCUCCACGCCUGACGCGGUGAAGCAGGAGCCGCAGGAGCCGCAGGCGACUGUGGAGAUUGCAGAACAGCCAGUGUGGCCGGACGGUGCUGUGAUGGAGGCUCCCACACCGGAGCCCAACGGCAUGACCGUUGACAGCGACGAGGAGUUCGAUGAUCCGGGAGCCUACUUCAGGGACCUGUUUACGGUCGGCAAGCACGAGCUGAACCAGAAACAGUACGACUUCUGGCGCGGCAAGUUUCGGCGCAUGUGUGAACCCAAGCGAGACAGCGGUAAGAUCGAUAUUCCGCCUGAACUGCACAAGCAGUACAUGCAAAAGGGAACGCAAAGGGACUCCAUGUUCGAGGCGUUUAUCACCACCAAUGGGGACAAGGAGGCCUUCAUUCGCAAGGUCAAGAUGACGAAAACCACCGAGAACACCCGCGAGCUAGAGGAGGAAGGAGGGUUUUACACCAGGAAGGAGAUGAAAGACAUUCUGGGGUGGGACAAGCUGGAUGACGAGGAUGCCAUAAACCACGAGUACUGGUGCCGCGAGAGAGUGCGUGGCCGCAAGAAGAUGAAGCAAUCCCAGAUGCUGGAAGAGUCUGUGGAGGCUGCAGGGGCUAGUGAUGCCUUCAACAUUGGCGGCCUGGAAAAUUCCAUGACCCCGGCAGCGCUGGGCAUCCCUGCCGCCACCAACGCAAAGCUCGAGGAGCCAGAAUCCGAGGUGCCCUGCAGCACGGUCGUUGAUCUGGCGAAAGCAGUGUCGAAGGUUGGAGGCUCUAGCACCUGCAAGGCCGUGAAGGAAAUUUCCAAAGCGAGAACGAAAGAUGCCGAGAAAAGUGUUCACAAGGUUUUGGCAAAGUACAAGCUAGCGCUGCCGAUACCUCUGAGUCCAGUCGAGGGUACAACUGCUCUGGAUGGUUUUCCACGUCUUAAGCCACUACAUUUCUUUCAGCACAUGCUGGAGACAGGGCACCUGAACAAACUUCUUGGGGGCAAAUCGCUUGCAUCUUCUGGUCCGAUGCUUACAGAGUUCUGGCGAAACUACAAGUGCUCUUACCCCGACUUCGAGUUGUACGAGCAUGUGGACGGGAAGGCUUAUGGCGAUGGCCCUCCGGUGGAGCUAUCCUGCUGCAUCCCGAUAUAUGCACACAUAGACGGCGGGAGAGGCUACAAGCGAUCAGAGUUUAUGGUUUUCAAUUGGUCAACGGUCUUUGGGCAUGGCACGGGGAAAGCCAACCGCAAGGACCCUUCUGUGCCUAUCAAAAGGAAAGCAAAGAAUCCGCAAGUCGGUUUGCUUGGUCAUUCGUUCUUGACACACUUUUUAUACUGUGCAAUGCCUGCUUCCAUGCACAAACAUCGAGAAUCCGAUUUUCAGGAGAUGCUGCAAAUUUAUGCCAUGGACCUCCGGGACUGUUUCGACACCGGCGUGCAGCUCAAGAAUGGCUCAAGGCUGAGGCUCGUUCUACUUGGCUUGAAAGGUGACCUCAAGCUCCAGGCGACUGCAGGGCGCUUUACGGCUUGGUACAGCACUGCAAGGAAGAAGGCUUAUAACCCCAAUGCUCGAAAACCACAAGCAUCGGGGCGAUGCUGCCCGUGGUGCCCUGCGGGGGACACCCAAGCUCCUUUUGAGGAGUUUCACAGUGAGAACCCGGCCUGGAAAGUGAUGAAGCAGCAGCUGCAGGAGCCACCACCUUGGUCCGCACCAGGGGGCAUGCUUGGGCCUUCACUGGGCUACGCCAAGGAUCCCACCCAGUUCUAUUUUCCAGAUCUUUUUCACAUCUAUUUGAUGGGUAUCGGACAAGAUUUCGGCUCCUCAGGUCUGGUAUAUCUGUUGGGAGUAGCCUUCAAAGGCCCCGUUGGAAGCAACAAAGUUGAGGACCAGAUUGAGGUGUUGAACCGGACAUUUACAACAUGGAAACAGAUGUUUAAGGCAUCAGUACAUCUCACUGCCUUCACCAAAGGCACCCUCACCUUUCCGGACUACAGCACGUUCCCUGCAGGCACGUGGUCGAAGGCAGGUGACACUCCCCACAUCAUCAACUUCAUGGAGUAUGUGUGCAGUUUGUGGAGUGAGCUCUACCGGGAGGACAAGAUGAUCUUCUACAUCAAGGAGGCAUGCACCGCCAUUGGAGAGUGCAUGCGCCGGCUGUACAAUGCCGAUCUUUGGAUUGUGCCGGGGCUGGAAAUCUAA